AUGUCCCAUAAACUGAGCGGCUUUGUGCCAAGCGGUCAUCUUUCUUUGCCAAAGACUAUAGUCUGCCCAAAUUCUUCUUUCUGGCAUCGUUCAACGUCGUUUGGUCGGCCCGGUUGGCGUCCAGUGAGCUUUCGGCAGCUGCCGCGGAGCGCACGACACACGCUUCAGGUACGCGCCUUGCGAGCGCAGGCGGAGCGCACCACCUCUGCGAUACCAGAGGCUAUUGCACGUGCGUCAGCUGCACUGAAAACCCGCAACGACGUUAUUAACAUUGCCAUUUGUGCCCACGUUGAUCACGGGAAAACGACGCUGGUCGAUGCAAUUCUGCACCACGCAAAAGUCUUCCGCGAAAACCAGACUGUUUCUAGUCUUGUCAUGGAUAGUAACGAGCUAGAACGCGAGCGAGGCAUCACCAUCUUGUCCAAGAAUACUGCAGUCGUGUACCGUGGAGUCCGCAUCAACGUGAUCGAUACGCCGGGUCACGCAGACUUUGGCGGUGAGGUGCAGCGAGUCCUCUCCAUGGCGGAUGCGAUGCUCCUCGUGGUCGAUUCCGUCGAGGGUCCACGCCCGCAGACCCGUUAUGUUCUAAGGGAGGCGUUGCGCCUGGGCCAACGCGUUCUUGUCGUUGUGAACAAGAUCGAUCGCCCCGCUGCCCGACCUGUUUUCGUCGUGAACAAAACCUUUGAUUUGUUUGUGGAGCUGGGUGCGUCGGAUGAGCAGGCCGACUUUCCGGUGGUGUAUGCGUCAGCGCUGAAGCGCGUUGCUGGGUAUGCACCGGACCAGCUGGCGAACGACAUGGGACCCCUGUUCGAAGAGAUCCUUAGACUGCCGCGCCCGAGAGUCGCACUAGAUGCGCCCCUGCAGUUACUUGUCUCCAACAUUAGCAGCGACGAUUACAAAGGUAUUCUUGGCAUCGGGCGCAUUCACGCGGGAACACUGCGCAAAGGUGCAACUGUCCGCGUUGGCACGCCUGCAAAGGACGAGGCGGAACUUCGGACCGCCCGCGUGGAUGAGGUGUUCCUUUUCGAGAAUCUCGGUCGAGUGAGCGCGGAGAGCGCGCACGCUGGCGACAUUGUCAUGGUUGCUGGUGUAGACGACAUCCGCAUCGGCGAAACGAUCUGUGAUGCUGCCGAUCCGCGGCUGCUGCCACCCGUGCAGAUUGAGGAGCCCACAGUGCGCAUGUCCUUGGCGAUCAAUACGACGCCCUUUGCGGGGCGCGAGGGACGAUUCCUCACCAGCCGGCAACUUCGCGAGCGUCUAGAACGCGAGACGCGUACCAAUGUAGCCUUACGGAUUCAAGAUGGCGAAAAGGCGGACUCGUUUACCAUCUGCGGCCGAGGAGCACUGCAUUUGACAAUCCUCAUCGAAUCCAUGAGACGAGAAGGAUUCGAAAUGAUUGUGGGUGCUCCUGAGGUCAUCUUUAAAAUGGACCCGGAAACGAAUACGCCUCUUGAACCGUUUGAUCACGUCGAGGUUCAAAUUCCCGAGGAGUAUCUGGGCGCGGUGGUGGACGCGCUGGCCAAGCGACGGGGAGAAAUGUUGAACCUCACGCACAGUCAGGACAAUGAGCAGUACAGUAUUGUGGAGUAUAUCGUACCAACGCGCGGAUUAUUUGGUCUGAACAAUGCUCUCCUGACCCUGACUCGGGGCACCGCAAUCAUUCAUACAUCGUUUGCAGCGUACCGGCCCUACGUGGGUCAGGUUCGACUGCGGGAAGUUGGCUCACUGCUCGCCCACGAGACUGGUCGAGUGACCACCUAUGGCGUCGAGGCUGCGCAAGAACGCGGCCAGUUGUUUGUCGCGCCAGGUGCUGAAGUCUAUGAAAACCAAAUUGUUGGCGAGAAUAAGUAUCCGGAGGAUUUGCGAGUGAACGUCUGUCGGGUGAAACAGCUGACGAAUCAUCGCAGCGCAACCAAAGAGGUCGUGAAAACGUUGCAGGGGAUUCGCACGCUCACGCUAGACGAUGCGCUUGAAUACAUCAGCGGUGAAAACGAGUUUGUCGAAGUCACACCACAAAGCAUACGCAUGUUUAAGGUGCUAAGCAAACGCAGGAGCAUCGUCGGAGCGAAAAACUAG